AUGACCGCCGCCUCAUCGACAGAGUCACCCGCGACUCACCAGUUUCCGCUUCCCAAGAUUCUCGAAUACCCCGCCUCUACCCCUCCAUGCCUCAUCACGCAGGGAGCCGAGGGCCGUCUUUACAAAACUACAUACCUCCGGCCCGAUGUGCCCUGCGCACUGAAAUACCGACCACCCAAGCCCUGGCGGCACCCAAUUCUCGAUCAGCGUCUUACCAAGCAUCGAAUUUUGUCCGAGGCGCGGAUCCUCGCCAAAUGCCGACGGGAUGGUGUUCGCGUCCCCGCCGUCUACGCCAUCGACGAAAGUGCCGGAUGGCUGAUGCUGGAAUGGAUUCAGGGAACGCCGGUCCGUGUCAACAUCAACGAGCGGCUGGGAAGUAGAACAGUUGGCAUCGAGAACGAUGCGAGAUUAAAAGACUUGAUGCGGCGCAUUGGCGUGGCCAUUGGGAACAUUCACAGGAUCGGCAUUGUCCAUGGCGACCUGACCACCAGCAACAUGAUGCUGCGCCCACCGUCCGACAGCGCAGAGCAGGUUGAUGCGCUCAGCGGAGAGAUUGUCGUUAUUGAUCUGGGGCUAGCAAGCGGAUCAAUCCAUGAAGAAGACAGAGCGGUCGACUUGUAUGUUCUUGAACGGGCUUUUGGCAGCACACACCCGCGCGCCGAGUGCCUGUUUGGCGAACUGCUCGAUGCAUACAAGGGCUGCUUCAAGCAAGCCGCGACAGUAUUGAGAAAGCUCGAGGAUGUCAGGAUGCGAGGGAGGAAACGCAGCAUGCUUGGCUGA